AUGACUUCUCAAAUUCCAGAAUCUUAUGAUGAAUCUGAACAUGUAAUAUAUGGCGCUUUAUUGAGCGGUCUUCCGAAUUCAACAGAAUCGAUCAAAGACCCAUCAGAGGGUAGUGCUGUAUUGGAUAUUAUUGAUUUCUUCUUCAAUUUGGACGUGACACAUUGUGGAGCAACUCUUUUCAUUCUUACGAAACGCCUUCCUGCAGAAACCUAUAUAUAUGACUUAGUAUCCAAGCUCAAGAAAUAUCAUGCUCAUGUCACAUUAGUUGUAUCUAAUAACUCAUUUGGUGGGUCGUCAUCAGAACAAAUGUACAGAUUGGCAAGCGAAACUAAUGGACUCUGUAUUUUCACGGAAGAUGAUUGGAUUCAAGAGUCUCCCUUUUGGCUGCCAUCGAUUUGGCCUUCAUAUUUGGUGUAUUCAGUAAAUGCGGUAGUUAUAAAAUCUGGAACUGUGGCUCUUCCAAUUUUCAAUUCUCCGCUGGUUGGAUAUUAUUACAUUUGCAUGACUCUACAGGACCAUGGAUUCCUAGACACAUUUAGGAUGGUCCACUUAACUUGGUCUGAUGCAGGAUCAUUGAUUAUUUCGGGAUCGUUUGAAGAGACUGUUGAGUCACAUAUUGAUUUUGGAAACACUACAUAUACCCAAAAAGGGCCAUAUACAUUAGAUGCAAUCCCUUAUGACAUGACACUUCAAUAUGAAUUUCUAGGAGAAACAACUGAAGUUCUUCAGAUCAGGAUAUACAGUGAGAAGUGA